AUGGCGAGGGGGCAGCUGUCGGGGGGCGCCUGGGGGGCCCUGGUGCUGCUGGGGCUGAUGCUGCCGGCGGCGCCGGCGGGCGCCUGGUACAAGCACGUCGCCAGCCCCCGGUUCCACACGGUGGGCCGCGCCUCGGGGCUGCUCAUGGGCGUCCGCCGCUCCCCCUACCUCUGGCGCCGGGAGCUGCCGGCCGAGCCCCCGCGCCGCCCCGGGGGAGCCGCGCCCGCCGCCGCCCCGCCGCCCCCGGGCCGCCCCGCCGGGGAGACGCCGCCGCCCGCCCCGCCGCCGCCCGGGCCCGGCCGCCUCCUGCAGCGCCUGCUCCGGCGGGGCUGGGGCUGGGGCGGCCCCCGCCCGGCCCCCGCCCGGCCCCCGCCCGGCCCCCGCCAAGCUCAGCUUCUCCCGCUUGAAGACGUGGCUCUGAUCCGCUGA